AUGUUCAUUCACAAGAACGACCUCACUUCUGUUCAGUUGAAGGGUGUCCUCGCGGGCCGGAUCAGCAACAUAAGUAUCCGCGACCUGACAAUCUUCAACGGCAUGUGCGCGUCCAUCAUGUUGACAAAAACAAGGACGACCCCGCACUCCGUCAAGUGCUUUCUCAGAGGCCCGAAGGCAGUGUACGCGGUCGGCGUCGCCGACAAAGCGUCCAGUAGCAUCGCUACGUUGAUGACUGACCUGGACAUCUUCGUGUGA